AUGCCGUCGCGUCAGCCGGACGCGAAAAUCGGCCGGUCGUCGUCGCUGGCUUUAAAUGGGCCCGCGAGCCUCGGCCCCGACAUCAGUGCGUUCUCCUUCGUCGAGGAGAGCCCCAAGGAUCCCACAAGGUUCCACGCCAUACCGAGGAGCACCGACAUGCGCACCGCCACGUGCUGCAUCCUGUUCGUCGGGCUCGCGAGCAUCGCCGCCGCGGGCCCGCUCGCGAGGAAGCUCGAGAAGAAGUCAAUCUCGGAGUCCGCGGCCGUGGCGGCCCAAGUCAGCCAGAGGCUCGACGCCGCCCAGAUAAGCGACGAGGCCAUCAUGGAGGCAUCGCCGGGCGCCAAGGUCGAUCGGGCUAAGAAGCAAGCCUCGACGACCUUCUGCGUGGAGAUCCGGCACAACAAGCCCACCCAGGUCGACUGCGACGAGAUCCACAGGCCCCACGUGCCUCUACCGCCCCCGCCGCCCCCUAUACAUCACUUACCCGAGCCCUUACCCGAGAUCCACGUGCACCCGCCGCCACCGCCCCCGCCCAUCGUUAUACCCCAGCAGCCGCCGCCGCCACCGCCACCCAUUAACAUCCAGGUGCCUUGCGAGCCCGAGAUGGCGGCCUACGUAAUCCAGCCGCCCAGCGAGGUCGUGUACGCGCCCACGGGCAACUGCGCGCCCCAGCUCCCGACGGUUAUUCACUCGGGCGGCGGCGGCGCCUCCGGCGUCCAGGUCAUCCACCUGCCCAGCAGCAUCCAGACGAGCGGACACGGGACCGGGGGCCACCCACCCCACGGCGGCCUCACCAUACACGGCCAGGCCAACCUGCCGGUUCACGCCCACGCGACACUUCCCGUUCACGCGCACGAGGCCGCCCCCGUCCAUACCCUACCCAUACAGACGCAGCAGCCCGUGCAGGUGCACGCCCACGCCAUCCAGACCCAGCAGCACCCGGUGCAGGUGCACACCCAUGCCCACGGUCCGGUCCAGACGAAUCUCUACCAGCAGCUGAGCCCGGGCAUCGAGUGCUCCUGCCAAAGCGCCCAGCCCGGAUACGUCAUACAGAGGAGCCAAGGGGCGACCUCGGCCACUAACGAGGCUCUCGCUCUGCAGUUCCUUCAGGAUAUACAGAGGAACAGCAACAAUAGCCAGCAAAACCUGAGCGCCGGCAGCUCGGUAAUCCUGCAGCCGCCGUCCACCAAUGCCAGGCAAUUGGCUCCAGGAGGGUCCAACAGCCCAACGGUGUCGGUGUCACUGCCGACAGUAUCGGCAGGUUCCUCAUUACAAAUGGGCGGCAAAUCGAUCCUUCCAUCGUACCAAGCUCGCUUCGUGGCCCCAACAAUAUCGACAAUGCCACAGCAAGUGUCGUUACAAUCGCCGGUAUCGUUGCAAUCACAAGUGUCAUUGCAAUCGCCGAUAUCGUUACAGCCGCAGGUAUCGCUGCAAUCGCCGGUGGCGCUACAAUCACAGGUAUCGCUGCAACCGCCGGUAUCGUUGCAACCGCCAGCAUCGCUGCAGUCGCCCAUGUCGCUACAGUCGCAGUUUUCAUUGCAACCACCUGCCGGGCGCGGCUUUCAAUUAAGGCCGCUCCUUAAUGCAGGUAUCACCCGAUCAAACGUCGAGGAAGGCUUGCAGACGAACCUGAGGCUAAGCCGCGGCCCCGGCGACGCGGAGCCUAAGGAGCAGCCGAGCAAGGAUGUGGCUCCGAACGAGGGAAAGAAGCCCUCGCCCAGCGACAUCAUUAGCAAGUUAAAGAAGAAGAAUAACGGGGGUGUGGCCGAGGCGAAACUCAGCGACGACAAGUCCGAGCCCAAGAACGCUAGGAUCGCCCGUUUCCUCGUCGCUGAGAAGGAGCCCGAGAUUAACAACCUCGUCGAGAACUGA